CAUUGUCAAAUUAUCAAACUAUUCCAAUUUGAUUCCAAUUUCGUCAAUUUUCUGUUUUGUUUACCAGUCUGCGAGCGAAGCGAAAACAAACAACAACUUGUUGUUAUUUGUUUUUAAUUUUCAAUUCUGUACCAUCUGUAUAAUAUGUACUAAUGCCAACAUGUCUUUUGAUGUGAAUUGGGACAUCGACAAAUACAAAGAGGAGCAUGAAAGCGACGACCACUGGCAAUUGAGGCGAAUUUUUAUGGAGAAAUGGAAAAAUAAUUAUUCUGAAGAGAGAUUAGUCUGUCUGGCAAAAGUUUUCGCCAAUAUUGAAUUCAUGGGGUGCAGAUAUCCUACUGAAGUCAUGCAAGAAGUAUCCAGACUAUCGCAAGAGGUGGCACAACAGUACAGAAAUAGCAAAAGGGGCAAGCUUCAAAGAACUUUCGUAUCAGCCUCUGACGCCGCUGAAGACAGAGCGAAAGGCAUAAAAAGACAAGGCGGUGUUGUCAUAGACACUCCACCAGCGAAAAGUUCAAAAAUCCAAUUUGUACCUCAGGGUCAAAGUGUUGAAACUGAAAAUACAAAUGAAAUAGUUAUAUCGGAUGAUGAAAAAGAGAAAGAUAAGUCUCACGACAAAAAUGGAGAAGAACAUGAAAAGAAAACAUCAGAGAUGGCUGAUCCAAAUGAAUACCUCAAAGAUAUGGAACAAAUCAAGUGUCUGGAUGUACGGUUGUUUAAAGAAAGGAUGUUUCAUACAAAUUUUGGGAGAUUGGUGCUGCUCAUACGACCAUGGGCCAGUAAAUUGUGGAAUAUACAAACCAGCUGUCAAGUGUGCGGUGUGAAUCUCCAGAACUCGUACGAGAAUAACCUAUUCAAGUUGACGAUAAACGGCAUUCUGCUGGCGCAAGCCACCGGGCCCACCAAGCAGGAGGCCAAGAGCAUUGUGGAGAUUAUGGCGUGGAAUAGGUUAAAAGAAGAUGUGAUCAGUAUACUGGUGAAGGAGCAGUGGAUAGCGCACGGCGACAGCCGGAUAUCCGUCAGUGACGUCACGGGGAAGAGGGACGACUUCGGCACGCCAGUCGAGAACAGUGUUGCUACCAAAAUGAUGAAGCUGAUGGGCUGGAAGGGCGGCGGGCUGGGUGCCGAUGCACAGGGCAUCGCGGAACCUAUCAAACCUAAUUUGCAAAUGGUGAAUCGCGCCGGUCUAGGCAGUAUGGCAUCAGACAUUAAACAAUUACGACGCGCGGGUCAGAACCUCAUGCAGCGGUAUUUGGCCUCCGACACACUUGACCUCGACCUCGUGUUCAGCAGCGAGUUCACCAAAGAUGAGAGGGCGACUUUGCAUCAGAUUGCGCAGAGGGCGGGUUUGGCGUCCAGGAGUUAUGGUGAUAAGGACAGGUUCCUAGUUGUCAAAAAGAAACUAGACCCAUUCUCUUUAGCGCGCGCAGUCAUAGACAAGGGCGGUUGUACACCAAAGUACCAAGUGUUUAUACCAGUGAGCUUAGUGACUCAACAGAGACGAUAGUGUUAUGUUAGAAAUCAGUCCUAGCGUAUACAUAUAAGCUUAAUUUUUAUUGCGGUAUUUUCAUCCUGGUGUACUCUCGGUUUUACCUCGGCUGUGUCGCAAUAAAGCCCGGGGACAUUUAAAAAUUGACCUUUAAAAUAAGGGUGUGAUUUUACGACCUCCCGUCAAAAAAUUUCACGUGUGAACGUCAUUUUUUUAAAAUUGAAGUCACAGUACAACUUGACGUAAUUUUUGACCAAAUUAACAGUCACGAAACUAAUUUUGUAGCAGUGGUUUCGCAAUGUAAAUUAGGCUUUAUACAUUUUUUUUUUAAUAUUGCAAUAAUUGAAACAAUCCCAACUAAUAUAAUAAAUGCGAAAGUAAGUUUGUUUGUAACCUCUUCACGCAAUAUCUACUGGACCGAUUGUUAUGAAAUUUGGUACACGGAAUGAAAUUACCUGGAAUAACACAUAGGGUACUUUUUAUUCCGGAAUUUCCACGGCCAGCGAGGCCCCGGGGCGCAGCUAGUAUUGUAUAAAUAAAUGAAUAUAGGUAUUAACUGCAUCCUUUUCUAAUCUCGCGACAAAUCACUCAGUUAUAAUAAAUAGUUUACGAUGUGUCA